GAUUAACCAGGACUUGAUUAGUAGAGUAAGAGGCCGGCAAUAGUACGUGCUUGCAGAUCGAGAUGGGUUGUGAGAGGAAGCCGCCGCUGGCCAUUGCUCUGACGCUGGCCCUGCUCCUGGGCCUUGCCCACGGCGACGUGGUGCAGUUCAUCUUCGGCGACUCGCUGUCGGACGUGGGCAACAACAACUAUCUGACCAAGAGCCUCGCGCGCGCGGCGCUGCCGUGGUACGGCAUCGACUUCGGCAGCGGCAUGCCCAACGGCAGGUUCUGCAACGGCCGCACCGUCGCUGACAUCAUCGGCGACAAGAUGGGCCUCCCGCGGCCGCCGGCGUUCCUGGACCCGUCGGUUGACGAGACUGUCAUCUCCAAGAGCGGCCUCAACUAUGCGUCCGGCGGCGGCGGCAUCCUCAACGAGACCUCGUCCCUCUUCAUACAGAGGUUCUCACUGUACAAGCAGAUCGAGCUGUUCCAGGGGACGCAGGCGUUCAUGCGGGAGAAGAUAGGGCAGGCGGCGGCAGACAAGCUGUUCGGCGAGGCCUACUACGUGGUGGCCAUGGGCGCCAACGACUUCAUCAACAACUACCUGCUGCCGGUCUACUCCGACUCGUGGACCUACAACGGCGACACCUUCGUCAAGUACAUGGUCACCACCCUGGAGGCGCAGCUGAGGCUCCUCCACGGGCUGGGCGCGCGGAGGGUCACCUUCUUCGGGCUGGGGCCAAUGGGCUGCAUCCCACUGCAGCGGCUCCUGCAGAGGUCGUCCACGGCGUGCCAGGAGUCUACCAACAAGCUCGCCCUCAGCUUCAACAAGCAGGCCGGCGCCGUGAUCAAGGAGCUGUCCGCGUCCUUGCCCAACGCGACGUUCCAGUUCGGGGACGUGUACGACUACUUCCAGGACAUCAUCGACCGGCCCUACAUGCACGGCUUCAACAACUCCCACGCGCCAUGCUGCACGCUCGGCAAGGUGAGGCCGACGCUCACCUGCACCCCGCUUUCCACGCUCUGCAAGGACCGCAGCAAGUACGUGUUCUGGGAUGAGUACCACCCCACGGACAGGGCCAACGAGCUCAUCGCGCUCGAGACGCUCAAGCGCCUCAACAUCACAGUCGUUGCCAACAGCACCUCCAGCUAGCCUGCCACGGACGCCGCUCAUCGAAAUGUAUACGCUUUGACAUGGUCUUCCUGAAUUAUGUGUGCUUGCUUCGACUGUAACCAAAUUAGGAUGAUAUAUACUGUCCACAUAACGGCAUGGAGAAUAGAUGCAUGUAGGGGCCCUGGAUAUGAUUUUUUUUGUGUGUCUGAGAGAACAGCAAGCCAGGAUCAUGCAUCUAUCUUAUAAGAGACGACUAUAUCACGGAUAUUUUUCAUUUCCUUUUAAAAAUAGUGGUUUCCUAA